AUGUUCUAUUACUUUCAGCCUCCGAUCUUUGCCGUCGCCGCGCAACCUGCACUCUUGAUCUCGCCGCAACCGCGCUGCGCCUACACGAUGCAGUCCAUGUCGCUCCUGGCGCCCCCGCCCGCUACCACGUUAAUCCAGGCGCCGCAGCCGCAGGAUAGUCCUCCGCGCGGCGGCGGCGUGGGGAGGGUGUUGGGCGAAGUCGAUGACGAGCAGCCGCAACAGCAGCCCUUACCGCUGCUCCCAGAAGCGCUCCCACUUCAACGGCUUCCCAUUUCCAUGCGCGUCGUGCUGCUCGUAGAAGGCGGUAGCUGCAUCGUGCAGGACGUGCGGUACGCGGCCGCACCGGAGACCAUGGCGCGGGUGCUCGCCGACGUGGGGUACGUGCUCUCGCAGCACGGGUUUGACGGCGAGGUCGGGAGAAUGAGCCGUGGGGUUCUGAGGGUGACGAGCGGGCGCGAGCCGCCGGGCGUGCAGGUCGUGAGUGGAGGGGGGCGGCGCGUGUUGCUGCUGAGUCCGGUGGUGUGGGAGCGCAGAGCGGCGGCGGUGGAGGAGGGGAAUGAAGAGCUGGGGGAGGCGCUGGGGGAUGCGGCGAAUAGGGGGGACUGGAUGGUGUUUGUGCUGUCUGAGGAGGAGGGUGCUGGUGGGAGAGGUGCUGAUGUAGAGGGCGGCAAUGCUACACAAGACGGCAAUACUGGACAAGGCGGGAAUGACGGGCAAGACAGCAAUGCUGGACAAGAGGCCAAUGAUGGUCAAGACAGCAACGCUGGACAAGACGCCAAUGAUGGACAAGGCGAUCAUGUGUCCUCUUCUCCUAGACUCGAUAAUCCGCCUCCCGGUUCCGGAGCCAACAGCCCACCUGCUAGCCACGGCAGUUCGAGAGGUUCAAGCACGCCACCACCUCCACCGCCGUCGCCGCCAGCAACUUCGAUAAUCGUCUCUUGA